GUGUUUGAAGUAGACACGCUUGAAAAUCACUCUCUUCUUUACCGCCAAACACCUUCUGUACCGUGCGAAGGUGUCUCUUCACAUUGUCUUGAUUCUCGCUCAGACCUUCACCACAGUGCAAACAACUCCAACCAUCAUGAACACGAAGAUGUGCAAUAACAUCUACUGGCUGCUCUUCGACAUGAGGAUGCUGCACCUCGUCCAACGACUUGAUGUCCCAUUCUGCAAAACGGUCUUGACUAUUCUUGAGGGCAGCAACCUUCAAGUGAUGUUCAGCGGGGCCAAAAUUCGCUGUCCUGUGCGGGUGUGGCGCGCGUGGGGGAUCUGGAUCGAUCGUCGACGUCACACCGGAUCAACAUAUCUUCCGAAGUCCGACUGCCAGCAAACUUCGAACCCAACACCCUCCAAGCUCGAUCUCCCUAAAUACCCCCAACCACCCCUUCUCAUCCUCAAUCGAUUCUCUAUACAGUCAAAUCACCAUGGCUCCCUUCUCCUACCUCGGCUUCGUCUGGGAUCAACUCUUCCACUCUUCCGCUCUCCCCGUUGCAAAGGCCGACUUGACCGGCAAGACCGUCAUCGUCACCGGCUCAAACGUCGGUCUCGGUCUCGAGUCAGCACGUCACCUCGCGGCCAUGAACCCCGCUCACCUCAUCCUCGCCGUCCGCUCCGUCGAUAAGGGCGAAAAGGCAAAAGCCGAUAUCCUCAAAACCACAAACUUCAAGGGCAAGCUCGAAGUCUGGCAAUUAGACCUCUCCAGUUUCGACAAUGUCCGGAAGUUCGCCGAGCGUGUGGAGAGGGAAUGCAGCCGUCUCGACAUCCUCCUCGAAAACGCCGGAAUCGCCUCAAACACCUGGAACACAACCCCCGACAACUGGGAACUAACCCUCCAAACAAACGUCCUCUCAACAACCCUCCUCGCCCUCCUCCUCCUCCCCCUCCUCCGCCGCACCGUGAAGCUCGACCCAACCUCAACCCCCCGCCUCAUCCUCGUCGGCUCCGAAGUCCACUUCUGGGCCAAAUUCCCCGAGCAAGACACCGAACGCCCCCUCGCAGCCUUAAACGACCCCUCCCGUUUCCAGGGUCAAGACCGUUAUUUCAUAUCUAAACUCCUCGACCUGAUCGUCGCUCGCAAGAUCGCUUCAGUCCUCCGUUCCUCCACUUCCACAGAGGACAAGAAAAUCAGCGUAUACUGUCCCAACCCCGGCUUCUGCUUCUCCGAACUCGGCCGCGAAGACCAAUCAUGGGGCUUCUACCUCUUUCAACAAGCACUCGCUCGGACAACCGAACAAGGCUCCCGGACCUUCGUCUGGUGUGCCGCGGCCCCCGAAGCCGCCGGUGCGGGCCACGAUGUCUUCCAAGGCGUCGGAGGCGAGAAGAGCAGUGGUGUGUUUUGGAGCGAGUGUAAACCGAGGGAGGAGAGUGAUUGGAUUCUGAGUGAGAAGGGACAGAGUGUGUCGGCGAAGGUGUGGGGUGAGAUUAAGGAGGUUAUGUGGAAGGAGGGUGGGGAGGAGAUUAAGGAUGUCUUGAAGGAUUUCUAGGUUGUGACAGUAUGAUUACAGUUUGUGCGUUCGAUACCUUGCUGCAUUUCGCUG